AUGGGAUUUCUACAAGAUGGUCGAGAAUUUGUCGAGGCGAUCAAAGAGGCACAUCUUUGGGGUUCCGGUCCAUUUUUACGGAAGUUAUUUGUGACAAUGUUGUUAUCUUCGUCCAUGAAUAGACCCGAACAUGUUUGGAGAAAGACUUGGAUGUAUUUGUCAGAUGGCAUUCUUUAUGAUCAACGCUUAUUCACAAGAAAUCAAGGUCUGACAAUGACCGAUGUCGAGCUCAAAGAAAGGACACUUAUGGCCAUUGAAACACUUUUACAAAAUAAUAAUCGAAGUCUAAAAGACUUCAAGACAAUGCCAUAUCCAAAAGAUUUUGUCGUCUCCUUUACUGGAAAUAGGCUACUUUACGAUGAACUUCAAUAUGAGGUUGUAGCUCAAAAACAAAUUUUUGAUACUUUGUAUGCUUCUCUUACAGAUGAGCAAAGUAACAUUUUUGAGGAAAUCAUGGAUGUUGUAGAAAAGCAACAAGGUGGGGUGUUUUUUUUAUAUGGCUAUGGUGGGACUGGUAAGACCUUUAUGUGGAACACUUUAUCAGCAGCACUUAGAUCUAAAAAGAAAAUUGUCUUGCCGGUUGCUUCAAGUGGAAUUGCAAGUUUGUUAUUACCAGGAGGAAGAACGACUCAUUCUAGAUUUAAGAUUCCAGUUCCUACUUUAGAGACUUCUAUUUGCAACAUUGAAAAAAAAGAUGAUAUUGCUGAGCUUCUUAAGUUUACAGACUUAAUCAUAUGGGAUGAGGCUCCUAUGGCUAACAAGUUUUGCUUCGAAGCUUUGGACAAAUCCUUAAAAGAUAUCAUGAGUGGAUCCACACAUGCAUCUAAAAAAAUAUUUGGAGGUAAGGUUGUUGUUUUUGGUGGUGACUUCAGACAAAUUCUCCCUGUUAUACCAAGAGGUACUAGAUCUGAUAUUAUCCAUGCAACAAUCAAUGCUUCUUAUAUUUGGGAUCAUUGUAAAGUAUUGAGACUUACAAAGAAAAAUAUUGGAGAUGGGACCAUGUGUGAACCUAAUGAUGGUUAUGCUGAUAUCUGUAUUCCAGAUGAGUUCUUAAUUUCAAACUUUUCAGAUCCGAUUCAGGCCAUUGUUGAAGAUACCUACCCUGAUCUCAUUCAUAAUUAUCUUGAUUCCAAUUAUCUUCAAAGUCGUGCGAUAUUAGCUUCAACAAUCGAAGUAGUUGAUGACAUCAACCAAUAUAUCACUAACCUUCUUCCAGGUGAUGAGAGAGAAUACUUUAGUAGUGAUUCCAUUGAUAAAUCUGAUGUAACUAACUUUGAUGCAUAUGAGCAUGUGACACCCGAGUUUUUGAACGCUCUUAAAACCUCUGGAUUGCCUAACCAUUCAAUCAGGUUGAAAGUAGGGGCCACUAUUAUGUUAAUGCGCAACCUAGAUCAGUCAGAGGGCUUGUGCAAUGGUACACGACUAACUGUAACCAGACUUGCUGCCCAUGUCAUCGAAGCCAAGAUCAUUUCUGGAAAAAAUAUUGGUAACAUCUUUUACAUUCCUAGAAUGUCUUUAUCCCCCUCACAGUCUCCAUGGCUAUUUAAAUUGGUGAGACGCCAAUUUCCAAUUAUUGUUUCCUUUGCCAUGACUAUUAACAAGUCACAGGGCCAGUCACUUGACAAUGUUGGAUUGUAUUUGCCAAAGGAAGUUUUUAGUCAUGGGCAAUUGUACGUGGCUAUCUCAAGAGUCAAAUCCAAAAAGGGAUUAAGGAUUCUUAUUCACGACAAAGAGAAACAACCUAUGCUCUCUACCACCAAUGUUGUAUUCAAGGAAGUGUUUCAUAACAUUUAA